CGGUCAGAGCUCAGUAAAUGUGUGUUUAUUCCCCUAAGAAUUAAGGUUAAGACUGCGCUACAAAAAUACCUACUGAGCCCGGGCAAUGUUUUCCAUCCUCCCUCCGUCCUGUCUGCCUUGCGUUCCCUCCCUGCUUUUCUUCACGGUUCUCACAUGAAAAGUGAUCUAGGGUGACAGGAAAUGGGGUGACUCAUCUGACAUCAGACCAUUCUUUUGAUUUGUCCUUUUCAUUGGCCUCGGUCUCGGAUACUGGAAACCACAGUGUUGUUGGUGAAUGUUGUUAUUUUGCAGAAGGCACACGUGGACUGCAGCGCGCCUCUGCUGAUUUAAAGGUCUGGUGCGCGUGGCUGUCAGACAGCUCUUUGUUUUCCUCGGUCCUUUGGCCGGAAAAAGAAAUCAAAGUGUGCUUUAACCAUGCUGACCCACCAGGGCCCGGGAUGCCUUCACUGUGGUCUGUGUCUCUGCUUGUGUAUCCUCAUAGCUUUCUGUAAAGGUGGUGCAGGCUGUGCUUCGGAGGAGAGACUCUUUCACAAGCUGUUUUCUCAUUAUAACCCGCUCAUCAGGCCCGUGGAAAAUGUCUCUGACCCCGUCAGGGUGCAUUUUGAAGUGGCCAUCAGUCAGCUGGCCAACGUGGAUGAAGUAAACCAGAUCAUGGAAACCAAUCUGUGGCUACGUCACAUCUGGAAUGAUUACAAAUUGCGUUGGGACCCAAUGGAAUUUGAUGGCAUUGAGACUAUUCGUGUUCCCGCAGAUAAGAUCUGGAAGCCUGACAUUGUUCUCUAUAACAAUGCUGUUGGUGACUUCCAAGUCAAAGGCAAGACAAAAGCUCUUCUUAAAUACGAUGGCAUGAUAACCUGGACUCCACCCGCUAUUUUUAAGAGUUCCUGCCCUAUGGAUAUCACAUUUUUCCCCUUUGAUCAUCAGAAUUGUUCCCUGAAAUUUGGUUCCUGGACAUAUGACAAAGCUGAAAUUGAUCUUCUGAUCAUUGGAUCUAAAGUGGAUAUGAACGAUUUUUGGGAAAACAGUGAAUGGGAAAUUGUUGAUGCUUCUGGCUACAAGCAUGACAUAAAAUACAACUGUUGUGAAGAGAUAUACACAGAUAUAACCUAUUCUUUUUACAUUAGGAGACUGCCGAUGUUUUACACCAUUAACCUGAUCAUCCCCUGUCUCUUCAUUUCAUUUCUGACUGUGCUGGUCUUCUACCUUCCUUCUGACUGUGGUGAGAAAGUGACGCUUUGCAUUUCAGUUCUGCUCUCUCUGACUGUGUUUUUGCUGGUAAUCACAGAAACCAUCCCAUCCACAUCCCUUGUGAUCCCACUGGUGGGUGAGUACCUACUGUUCACCAUGAUCUUUGUCACCCUGUCCAUCGCGGUGACCGUGUUUGUGCUGAACAUACACUAUCGCACCCCGACGACACACACCAUGCGCGAGUGGGUGAAGACGGUUUUCCUCCAGCUGUUGCCCCAGAUCCUGAUGAUGAAGAGACCUCUGGGUAAGACGAGGAAGACACGUUCUGAUAAAAACCCCGAAAGCAUUUCCGGUGGGCCUACCAGAGCCAAGUCUGAUCAUCGCAGAGAACCCAAACUCCUGAAAGAAUGCUGCCACUGCCCUAAGUCACACCAGCCUGCCACCAGCAAGAGAAGAUUAAGUCCUCAGCCUUUGCGGUGGAUGACAGGAAAUGCGGAGCACUCACCUGAAGUCGAAGACGUGAUUAACAGCGUUCAAUUCAUAGCAGAAAACAUGAAGAACCAGAAUGAAACAAAAGAGGUAGAAGAUGACUGGAAAUACGUGGCCAUGGUGGUGGACAGAGUGUUUCUCUGGAUCUUUAUCAUCGUCUGCGUGUUUGGCACCGCAGGGCUAUUUCUCCAGCCACUGCUGGGGAACACAGGGAAAUCCUAAGGACUCGAUCUUUUGAAAUGUGCAGACGCUGUAUUUGUCCUGUGUUCUGUGCCAUAAA